AUGUUCCGGACUCAAUUGCUUGAAAAAUCUGCCUAUGCAACUCGACCAGUUCACUUCGUUGGUCUCUGUAUGAUCACCAUGAUACCGUUCCGUUGUGUUCAGAUAUCGUGGGAACAAUUUCGAAACGAAGUUUCUGAUAGUGAGGAUAUUGACAACAACAAUGAAGAGCCAGUAGAUGCUUUGGAAAUUAUUGGGAUACGUCGAACAAUAGCAUAUGAUGACUUCUUCAUAGGACAUCUAGUAUUGGAUAUUAUGAGUAUAGAUAUCGCACGAGAUACACCUCCACCACCAAUACAAAAGGUUGAAGUGGAUGCACAGUUAAGUUUGUCGAUCCAAACUGUGUUCAAGAUCCGAUGCAUCUGUUAA